AUGUUAGAAAACGCAUCAUAUAAUGAAUUUUCUAACUGCGUAACAGAUCAAAUUCAAACUGAAAAGGAUUUAUUUGGAUAUAUUACAGCAACCAAGCAGAAAUUCGAAAAUCUAACAAAUAUGCGCUAUAAUUCGAAUUUUGCCAUACAAAUUGAAAAACUACGUGAAAUAUACAAUGGUGUUAACACUUCAAAAAUAUACACAGACCAAUAUCAAGAAUCUUUUCAAGCCUUAAAAGACUUAAAGGCAACGGAUUUCUCAAAAGUGGAUCUUAAUCUGGAGUUGCUUGUCAAUGAAGAACCGUACGAUGUUGUUACAAUAGCAAUUAUUCUUGGAAAUGAAAACGCGGUCACAUAUUUUUUCAAAAAUCCUGAGUUUCAAGCUGAUUACAAGACAGCUGCAUAUCAUAUAGUUACAUGGCAUAGGUAUUCUAUGCUCGAUAAACAUUUUCAAUUAUUAGAAAAAUAUAUUACACCAGAAGUAUGUAUUGCAGGCUUUGAUACCCGUCUAUUAGCUGAUUUGUAUCUUAAGAAAGUCGAUAUGCUUAGUCCUAGGCUCGUGGAUUUGGCUCAAACACAGAAUAAUUACGGAUGUUUAGAAAUAUUAAUGAUGGCUGGAAAUUCAUCGGCAAUACUUACAGAAUGUGAUAUUAUUAAUGAAUUAAUAUCGCUAAAAUACAAUACUGCAGCAGACUUAAUAAUCAAGCAAGGAUUUGAUAUUAAUCGUAAAGAUACAGACGGCAUGACACCAUUAAUUCGUGCUACAUACGAUAAUGAUCUUGAAUCAUCCGUUUAUUUAGUAGAAAAAGGAGCAGACUUAGAAAUUAAAGAUGUUGAUGGAAUGUCAGCUCUUGCAGUAGCUACGUACUAUGGAAGCUAUAAAAUAGCUCAAUACCUGAUCGAUAAAGGUGCAGACAAAGAAUCAAAAAACAAUUCUGGUACGACUCCACUUUUGACAGCUUUAUACAACGAUGAUAGAGACACAAUUAAAUUUAUGAUGAGGAAUAAUGCAAAUUUGAGAGAAACUGUCAAUGGUUUUUGUCCAAUUAUCCAUGCAUCAAAAAUGCAGAACUUAAAUACAGUUUCAUUCCUUUUUGCUAAUGGUGCAAGUGUUAACAGUGUUGAUGGAACAGGAAAUACUCCUCUUUUGGCUGCUAGUGAAAACGCGUGUGAAGAAAUUAUUAAAUUUUUAGGUCAUAACGGAGCAAAGGUUGAUACGAGGGAUAAAAAGAAGAAUACACCUUUAAUUAAGGUCGCAAUGUUCAGAAAAAGACAAAGUACCUUUGAUAUCAGAAAAGAAACCGAAAAAAGAUAUAAUUCUGCAAAAAUCUUGUUACAUUAUGGACAAAAUGUAAACGAUGUAAACGAUGAAGGAAAAUCGGCUUUACAUUACGCUGUAGAAGUAUCGGACAUUUUAUUAGUUAAUUUGUUAUUAGAAAAUGGUGCAAAUAUUAAUUUACAGGAUAAGCAAGGCAAUACGCCAUUAUCUAUUGCAAUUGCUAACGAUGAUGUCGAAAUGGCAAAAGAAUUGCAGACAAAAGGUGCUACAAUCGAUAAAAAUGCACUUGCUAAGGUUAGAUCUCCUGAGAUGAAAUCAUUUUUGCUCCAAGAUGCUAAUAUCAAAAGCCAAUGUUGUCUAUUAAUCUGA